UGCGCCGCUCACCCACUAUUCGGCCGGUAGGAAGCCAAGGCACAAUGUGGCUUUCGCAGAACGAUGUUACUGGAAGCUGAUCGCCGCAUGGCGCACGUGAGAGGCAGCACCGCCUCAGCCUUGUGCCUCCUCACAGCUGGCUGAACCCACAACUUUGUCCACGCAGGCGCUACCACGAGCAGACCCCAAUCGCUUCCGGUCGGAAAGGCAGAGCAGGUACUUAUCUAUAAGCAGUCCCGCUCCGCUUCUCUUCCGGCCCACGGACAGAUGAUCGCACCGAACGCUACCGCCGGCUGAGCCUACUCUGAUCCAACAGACUAAGGCCCCUAGCCCAAUAGUAACAUUCUUGCGGAGCAUCCCACUAGACACAGAAUUCUCGUGGCUAUGGAUGGCCUUACUGCUGUCGGUCUAGCGGCCAACAUCAUACAAUUCCUGGAUUUCUGCGCCACACUGCUCUCUGAGGCGAGUGAGGUCUACCACUCAGCCUCGGGGCUCUCCCAGGAGUACGUUGAACUCCAAGACGUUGCCCGAGACCUUUCGCUGCUGGUCGACGGCUUGAUCACUCCGAAAACCAACGCAGGACCCAGAGUCUCCUACCAGGGCCUUGGACCCGGCCCGGACAUGCUUAGCAUCGCCCAUUCCGCGAAGGCCGUUGCUACGGAGUUGAUCUCUGUCACACGCGGAGCCUCGGGUUGCUAGAAGAGGAGAUGGCGCAGUUUUCGCCAGGCACUUUCAAGUUUAUGGAAUAGGGACAAAAUCGACAGCUUGCAGAAAAGGCUCGAAAACCUCCGCAGUCAGCUUUCAGUUAACAUCCUGGCUCACAUGAGCAAGCUCCAGAUAUCACUUAUGGUGGACCUGAAUGCGCUGAAGGCCUCCUGUGAGGUACGUAAGCAGCAGUACACAAUCUAGAAUGUCUUAGCUCUUACGUGCGGAAAGUUCUUCCUGGAGGCCUUUAACAGGUAAAACCUAAGACAAGUUAGAGUGUGAACACCACCCUCGGUUCCCUUCG